AUUGUAUAGAUUUUGUCUUGUUCUUUUUGUUUCUCGCUGCAAGCGAUCCGUCCAAGACGCUUGCGCAAAUCGAACAUAUGCCAUCAUAUGAUUCUUUUCUAAGCCUUUCUCUGCAUCGAUAUUAACCAAAAUAAGUUUGAUCUUCUCAAUUCUCUGUUUUUACAUCAUUACUUUAUUAUCAUUUCUUUAUUCAAUUGCUUGUGCAAAGUGAUAAGAAGCUCAAGGAAGGAAAGGAAAGAAAUAGCACAGCAAAAACACCUCCAUCCAAUCAUAAACUACUGCCCAAGUUGACCCAUUCCUAGCUCUUAAUUGGGUUGCUAUUAGACUGUAGAUUUAAGGAGUUUGGUUUGCUCUGCAAUUUGUGUUGAAGCUGGAUGGUGGGAAUUUACUUCAACGAGUUGGAGGUGAUUGUGUUGUUUUGAUUCCAUGAAUAAGUUCUGCUGUUUUGGUGUUUCCUACUCUCAGAUUGUUGGAGGACGUUCAGCAUCAAGCUCUGGUAAGGGAAAAAGCCAUGAGGGUUCAAUUAAGUAUGGUUUCAGCCUAAUAAAAGGAAAGGCUAACCAUCCCAUGGAGGAUUAUCAUGUUGCUAAGUUUAUACAGACUCAAGGACAUGAAUUAGGGCUUUUUGCUAUUUAUGAUGGCCAUUUGGGAGACAGGGUGCCCGCAUACUUACAGAAGCAUUUGUUUUCCAAUAUCCUACAGGAGGAAGAGUUCUGGGUUGACCCCAACAGAUCUAUUUCAAAAGCCUACGAGAGGACUGACCAGGCAAUUCUCUCUCAUGGUUCAAACUUGGGACAAGGUGGGUCCACAGCUGUGACUGCAAUUUUGAUAAAUGGUCAAAGAUUGUGGGUUGCUAAUGUUGGGGAUUCAAGAGCUGUACUUUCAAGAGGGGGUCAGGCAAUUCAAAUGAGCAUAGACCAUGAACCUAACACUGAACGAGGAAGCAUAGAGCACAGGGGUGGCUUUGUCUCAAACAUGCCAGGAGAUGUCCCCAGGGUUAAUGGGCAGCUGGCGGUUUCUCGUGCUUUUGGAGACAGGAACCUGAAAUAUCAUCUGCGAUCAGAUCCUGACAUACAAGACACCACCAUAGAUAAUAAUGUAGAUAUCUUAAUCCUAGCAAGCGAUGGCCUUUGGAAGGUGAAUUAUUUCAUGUGGUGUCAAAUCAAGAGGCUGUUGAUAUAGCAAAAGGUGUUAAAGACCCACGGAAAGCAGCUAAGCAAUUAACAGCUGAGGCAUUGAAAAGGGACAGUAAAGAUGAUAUAUCUUGUGUUGUUGUUAGGUUCAGGGCGUAAAGCUAAGCUUCUUGAAAAUUAUCGUUCUCCUAGCGCCACAUACAUACCUAACUAUUGUGAAAAUUACUUUACACGGGUUUUCAAUUUGUGGAUUAGACAAAACGACAAAUACAUAUACUUGGUUGGGGUAACCAUGAGGUUUUGCAGUUGUUUGUUAUUUUGCCGGACACAAGACUCCCCAGCCUUUGUAAAUUUCUUGUUGAUUAGGCUCUGUUGUUUGAAAUUGUUUGAUUUCUUCAUAAAAUUUGAGUUGGAAUCUGAUGUACAUUGUUUUAUAACUGGCACACAAGAUCUUGUAUCUUUUGUUUUUUGUUUUUUAAUUAUUAAAUAAAGAACGUGGUUUUUUA